AUGCUACUAAGGCAAGAAUGGGUAAAUGAAUGUGUGAGGCAAGAUAGGGUUGUGGGCAGAUUUGACGAUUUUGCAGGAUGGGAAAUCAAAGGCACAUACGAUCCUCAACAUGUCAAUAUUACACCGUGGGGCGAACCGCCACUACCACCUCAACAGCCAUUACACACACCUCCUUCAACUUCCAACGUCCCACCGAACCCAUUUGAGAGUCUUUUGAGACGGUCCAACUCAUCUAGCAGUUCUUUGUCCGCUCCUCAAAGCUAUAGUAAUGUCCAAGAUAUCCAUCCUGUGCUGCCUCUUGCAGCUAGGCUAUCGAGUCGCCUUGCCGAAGAUCCGUCGAUGACAUCUCGAAAAAUUGACCAGCCAGAGAAAGCUGAUAGUCCAGUUCAAGAUCCUCGCAAUUCAAGAAGGGCAGCCGACGAUGAUGGGAAUGCAACGUCCACGGAUCUCGAUGGCAGUCUCAUGAGUCAGGAACCUGUGAGAUCGAAAGUCGAAGAAUCUAGUAUCAUGGAGAUGGAGACAGCGGAUGAACGACCACCUGAAAUUGAGACUCCUACUACAGUUCAAUUACCCAAUGACGAAGAUAUCAAACCUCUUAUUGAUGAAGGCAUCAAGAUUGAUACACGACCCGAAACACCGGAUUUACCCUCCCAACAGCAUUUACCGAUGAAUGCCCCGCCACCCCCUACACCACCAAUGACAGCUUCGAACACCAUAGACAGAGAUGACAUCGGUCUCACCAGUGUAAAGCAACAUCAACAUGAUAUGAGAACGACAUCUACACCGUCACCGCAACCUCCACUCACCAUGCAACCAACCAAAUUAUCGACCCCUCAGUUGCGUAGUGAACCGAAUCUAGGUAAUAUCACCCCGUCUUCGUCGUAUGUUCAGGAUCGCCCUGAUAUUCAGCCUAAAGGGAUAUUCGCCAGAGGAUUGUUACUUCCUUUAGGAUUCCAUGUUUUUGGAUCAGUGAGGGAAAGAAAGUUUAUCGAACUGGCAAUUACUCGUACAGGCGGAGGUGUGAUCGUACCUGAGCCCCAAGCUACUAUCCAUAUCCUUCCUCUCUCACCCACUGAACUACUCAUCGAGCCCGAACACUCGCGAAUCGUACGGGAAAUCUCAUCUGAUCCCACCCGGGCAGUCGUUUCCGCAGAUUGGGUCAAUGACUGUAUCGAGACUGAUCGAUUGUUAUCGCUUGACGAGUAUCGGAUGUCUCUAAAAGAUAAUGAUAAUGUUAACGGAGAUAUGAUGACUCCUCCGCCCACUGAAAGGGGCUGA